AGCUAUCUAUUUAAGGUAAUAUUAGCUGUAACAUCAACUUUCAGUGAAUCCGAAUUAAUUAAUUAUAUUGAAGAUUUGAAGGAAUUAUUAAACAAAGGAAAAAAAAUGAAAUCGAGGGGGGCGUGGAACCUGGUUCGGGUAGCAUUGCUCCGCUGGGCCAGAGAGGGAUCGGGUUUCAGAAGCAGGGCGCAACAGCUCGCCGUGAAGUUCGUCAAGAGCCUCCACGGCCGCCGCUCCCGCCGGCGCCGGCUCGAUUCGUCCUACGCCGCACUCCGUCGCGGCGAGCGCCAGUUCUCCUUCGGCAGCACUCCCGUGGCCCGCCGUCCCGCUCCCUUGCGGCUCAAGCUGCCUCGCAUUCCCUGCAUCGGCAAUCCCCGCGUGGAUUUCGAUUUCCGGAGCACCGACGACGACGAUGAUUAUACGAUGGAGUCUCGCGAAUACGGCAGUUCCGAUUGUUCCGGUUUCUUCGAGGAGAGUUCGGCGACGGAUGAUUACGGCGGCGAUGAAAUUGAUCAGAAGGCGGAGCAGUUCAUAGCCAGCUUCUACGAGCAAAUUAAGCUGCAAAGGCAAAUUUCAUAUCUGCAGCGCCAUUCUGAAUUGCUUUCAAUUUCAACCUCACCUAGUUAAUUGAUUGAAUCAUACUCCUAUUAAUUCCAUUAAUCUUAUCCAUAAUUAGAUUUAAACGUUUGUAAUCUUUGAAUGCAUAUAUCAAGAAUAAUAUUGGUAUAAUAUU